CUGACACUGGCUCCAUCAUGGCGCCUGCUGUAGGGGCAUAGUUGGAGCAACGAUUUGGAAACACAAAGUUCCGCCUUUAGAACGUAAAAAUCAUCCUGUUCCGAUUGCCGUUCCAUAGCUAGUUCGGUGGUGAAUUCCUUUUGUUUUGGGGAAGUUAGGAGGCUAAACGGCUUCCUGAUCGUGGCCAUGAACGGUCCUUUUAACGGGGCGACAGAGGAGCAGGUCUGGGAGCGCCCAUGGUCCCUGGAUGAAAUCAGUAGGAACAGCCAGAAUUGGUCCCUGGGGGCAGAUGCAGGGCUCUUGAAUUUUCUUAGAGAAUUCUCCCAGCAGAUUAUAUCUAAGACACAUGACAUCGAGAAACAGCUGGAUGGAUUGAUUCGCGAAACAAAAGCUGUCGACUGCAGGCUACACAAUGUCUUCAAUGAUUUUCUCAUGCUGUCAAACACUCAAUUCAUUGAAAAUAGAGUGUAUGAUGAAGAGAUCGAAGAGCAUAUUGCAAAGCCAGAUUCAGGAGACAAGCCUGAACAGGAAAAAUCAAGGGAGCAGAUUGAAGCAGAGCUAAUUCCAAAAAUACAAGAAGCUGUCAACUAUGGGUUGCAAGUGUUAGAAAGUGCAUUUGAACAACUUGAUAUCAAAGCAGGGAACUCGGACUCUGAAGAUGAGGAAGUUAACGGACGAGUUGAACUUAUUCUCGAACCAAAGGACCUCUAUUUAGACAGACCUCUGCCUCAUUUAAUUGGUUCCCAGCUCUUCAUGCAACAAGAUGAUGUGGGUCUUGGGGACAUUUCCAGCGAAGAAGGCUCUGUAGACAAUGACAGGGGAAGCAUAAUUGACAGUGAAGAAGAAGAGGAAGACGAAGAAAAAGACAAUGAGGAAUCAGAUGAUGAUGAUGAUGAUGAUUUUGGAAAUUCUGAAGAUGAUAAGAAGCUGCGCCCGGCCCUAAGUGAUGAAGAUGACGACGAUAAUGGCUCAGAUCUGUUUGGUGAUUCAGAAAAAGAGGAAGAGGACACUGAAAAAUCUUUAAAGACCAGGACUAAAUCUUUUGCUGAUGAACUAGCUGAAAGGAUUCAAGCAGAUGUUCCGAAAAAGUCAACACCAGACCAGUCAUCUAUAUCAUCAUUAGAAGUUAAAUCCAGGAAAGAGAAAGAAAAGAGCAAAGUCAGAAAAUUGCCUUCAGAUGAUGAAGAUGAUGACCUGUUUAAACCACCCAAACUGACCGAUGAGGAUUUCUUACCAUUUGGAAGCAAGGGUCAUCUUUUCAGUGGUGGAGAAGGGCUUUUUGAUGAUGAUGAAGAGGGUGAUCUUUUUGCAGAAGCUCCAAAAAGAGAAGUCAAACAAGCUGAUGCAACUCCUGUAGUGAAUACAGAAACUUUGUCAUCGAAUACCAAAAGGAAGCCACCUGUCGGAGGAGUCUCUCUUUUCCCAGGUGGAGAGGAUGUGAUUGGCGCUUCCCUUUUAGCUAACAAGGAGAAGACAAAGCAUCCCACUCCUACCACAGAUACAGCCCCAAAGCUGACCACAAGCACAGCGUUGUUUGAUGAUGAGCUAUUUGGAUACAGUGAUGUACAAUCAACCGCUAAAUCAGUAAAAGCUAAACCACCAUCUGAUCUGUUUGCUGAUGAAAAAGAUGACUUAUUCAAGGACAAGCCAUCCCUUCCUCCAGCAAUUAACAACGCAAAGGAAACCAGCAGAACAACAACACAAAAGGUCACUGACAAAAAGAGUCAAGUCCCUGUAGAAAAAGCUAAGCCAACCGAACCGUCAACGAAAAAACAAGCUAGUGGUCUCUUUUCUGAUGAGGAUGAUUCAGAGGCGGACUUAUUUUCCCCAAGCCAAAGUACUGGAAAACCCAAAACAACAUUACCAGCAACAAGGCCAAACAAAGCUGUGUCUCUGUUUGAUGACGACGAUGAGGAGGAUUUGUUUGGUUCUAUAACAGAAAAGAAGCCCUUGCCUGUUGCGGUGAAACCAAGCAAGCCAUCGCCGUUACCUGCAGAAACCAAGAUUCAGAAAUCAGGACUUUUUAGCAGUGAUGAAGAGGAUCCUGUUGGCAUCUUAAAUCAGAAAAAAACAGCUGAGCAAAUUCGCCCGACAACUGAUGCUCCCCCUGUAGCAAAAGAAAAAGAGACAAAAGUUAAAAAGACCAGCUUAUUCGAUGAUGAAGAGGAUGACCUUUUUGCAGUUACAAAGGAUAGUCAGAUGAAACCUCAUAGAGUUUCUCUCUUGUUUGAGGAGGAAAAUGAUCACGAAGGAUCUUUGUUUGUUGCUCCAAAAGUGGACCCUAUAAUUCCAGCGGUCCAAGAUUCGGAACCUCAAAAAAUGUCUGUGCCAGCAAAAUCGGAUAUAGAAAAGGAAUCCUUGUUUCGUAACUCUGCGAAAAAAUUUGAAACAAACGCUUCUAGCAACGAGAACGAGGAGCCCCCAUCCAGGAAUGAAAAGGUGAGGCAUGGAAUCAAAUUAGAAGAUGGUGAAAAUGCUGAUCUUUUCCCUGCCUCUCCACCACCAGAUAUAUAUGCCAAGCCCAAGAGCAAAACUGUCCUCAGCCUGUUUGAGGCUGAAGAUGAUGAUAAUUUUGAAGAUCCGAUAACUAUUAAUGUUAAACAGAAGAGUUCUGAAAAGGUUUCCUCUGAAAAGAGCGCUCAAGGUAAGAGCACCAGGGUUUUCCAAGAUGAAGAAUUACUAUUUAGCCAGGAAUUACAGCGAGACAACGACCCUGAUGUGGAUCUCUUUGCUAGCGCAAAAAAAACAACAUCUGAAAAACCCAGCCAUGCAAAACCCCCAGCCGGGACUGGAUUAUUCGGUGAUGAGGAAGAUGAUGACCUAUUUAGUAGUAAUAAAGCCAAAAAGCCACCGAAAGUUCAAGAAAAGAAAACUGUGAUUAAAAGAGAAACAGCUGAUGCAUCUAAGGAAACUAACAGUGUGCCAGAGUUCAAAGAUCAGCUUCCUUUGAGGAAAGGUGAUGCAGAGCAACCUGCCGAUCGUGUGCCAAUUAAAACAAAAAGCACGUCCUCUCGGAUUGGAAAAUUACAAGCAAACUUGCAUAUUAACCCUGCCAGCAUGUUACCGGGUGCAGUUCCCAAGCUUACUGGUGCAAGACACGUGACCCCAGAACAACUAGUUUCUGCUCCUGAUGUGACAGAUACCAGAAGCACUCCCCCAGCAAGCAACAAUGUGAUUGGGGCAGUGAGUUUUGAAAACCCAGCUCAAAUAGACACUCUUCAUAAUGCUAAUAAGACUCGAGCCAAAGUUGGUGGGAAAAGGCGCCCACCAACAAGAAUGGGCAGAAAACUGGAAUCCGAAGAUUCUGGUGAGACAGAGGACCUCAGUAGGUCAUCUGCAAUUUCUGCGACAUCUGAUACAAAGCUUCAAGAUGGAUCACUGCAAGCAAACCCUGAAAUAAAUAGAGAAGAACGUAUUUCUUCUAUCAAAGUGUCUCUGUCCGAGAAUGACAUACAGUCUAGUACCAAAACUAGAAUUGUUCCAAAACCUCUGACACCUGAUGUGAAUGACCUGUUUGGUUCAGAGUUGUUUGGAAAAAGUACAGUUGCCAACGCCUCUGCCUCAAAAAUUAAUGAACCUUCCCCUAAUCCAGAAUUUACCAACAAACCUCUUGUGGAGGCUGGAAAGAAGUCCUCUUCUGCUUUGGUGUUGAAUGAGAAUGGCAGUGAUGAUGAUCUCUUCCAACCAGUAAAACCGAAGACCACAAAAGCAUUUAGGCCCACAUCUCUGGCAGAUUAUGAACCUGAAGAUGAUCUCUUUGGAAGUCAGAAAGCGGAUCUUCAACCCAUUCCAACGAAAGAUACCAAGUCUGUUACCAAAGAUAUAUUUGAGGAUGACAUAUUUGCAACUGAAUCCACAAAACCAGGCGAAAAAACAAAAGAGAAGAAAGCAACAGCAGAACCGAAUCUUUUUGAUGAUAACUUGGAUAUUUUUGCUGACCUCACACAAAAAUCUAAAGACAAAAAGAUUAAGAAGAAGGUGGAACCCAAGUCUAUAUUUGAUGAUGACAUGGAUGAUAUAUUUUCAUCUAGCAACGUGAAAAAGACCAAGCCAAAAGUAAAACCAAGUCAGCCAGCAGCAGAGCCGAAAACAGACUCCAAACCUUCCAGUGAUUUCGAAGAUCCUUUAAAUGUUUUGGGCAAUUGAACAAAAAUGUACAAUUUUGUACACCUAUUUCAAUACUUUCCAUUCAAAAUGUUAUCAGUAACUGCAUUUUUUUU